CUGGGGACAAACCUGCAACCGAGACAUGGGGAAGUCUUUUUCCCAUUUGCCUUUGCAUUCAAAUAAAGAAGAUGCUUAUGGUGGAGUUGCAUCAACUGACAACAUGAGGAAUGGAUUGGUUCAUAGUGAAGUCCAUAAUGAAGAUGGAAGAAGUGGAGAUGUCUCUCAGUUUCCAUAUGUGGAAUUUACAGGAAGAGAUAGUGUCACUUGCCCCACUUGUCAAGGAACAGGAAGAAUUCCUAGGGGGCAAGAAAACCAGCUGGUGGCAUUGAUUCCAUAUAGUGAUCAGAGAUUAAGGCCAAGAAGAACAAAACUGUAUGUGAUGGCUUCUGUGUUUGUGUGCCUGCUGAUUUCCGGGUUGGCUGUAUUUUUCCUUUUCCCUCGCUCUAUCGACGUGAAAUACAUUGGAGUGAAGUCAGCAUACGUCAGUUAUGACGUGGAAAAGCGUACAAUAUAUUUAAAUAUCACAAACACACUAAAUAUAACGAACAAUAACUAUUAUUCUGUUGAAGUUGAAAACAUCACUGCACAAGUUCAGUUUUCAAAAACAGUUAUUGGAAAGUCACGCUUAAACAACAUAACAAAUAUUGGUCCCCUGGAUAUGAAACAGAUUGAUUACACAGUACCUACUAUCAUAGCAGAGGAAAUGAGUUAUAUGUAUGAUUUCUGUACACUGGCAUCCAUCAAAGUGCAUAACAUAGUACUCAUGAUGCAAGUCACUGUGACAACAACAUACUUUGGACACCCUGAACAGAUAUCCCAGGAGAGGUACCAGUACGUCGACUGUGGGAGGAACACAACUUACCAGCUGGGGCAGUCUGAAUAUCUGAAUGUGCUUCAGCCACAACAGUAAAAACAGAGAUGCAUCUGGAGGAGAAGAAACACCUGUUGGUAUUUUUUAAACUCUGAAGGAUGAGGUACUUGCUUUCUGAUAGGAGAUCUUAAAUUGAACAAACCUAACGUUUACACACCUGUUUUAAGAAUACAGCUAAAAGUAUGUGGACUUGCAAGUUUCUGCAGCUCUCCACUCUGAGUUCAUGAUAUUUGUACCAGGAUCUUUACUUGAAUCUAAAUUUACUGAUUGGUUUUCUUCUUCCCCCAACCCCUAAACUGAGACUUUCCCUACAGGACAAUAAAUAUUUAAAAUUCAAAGCUCCAGUCACUGCUAAAAACAUAAGUUUGAUGAUGAACGUAAUUCAAGAAACUUUAUUUCUGGAAGUUUUUAUAGACUUACUACCGAUAGCCUAUUCUUUAUGAAAGACUUUUAAGGAAUAACCUUUUUUUCCUGUUUUAUAAAUUCCCAUUGCUACAAGGAAGUAUUUCAACUAUAUGGUAUUUUAGCUAAACAAUUUUAGUUUUCCAUUUGUUGAAAUUCUACUCAUUUGCAUUUUUUAUCCAUCUUAUUUCAAGCCAGUGCUUGAGUAACACUUAUAAAUAAACCAAAAUAAUAUUUUGCAAAAUUCUGUACCUAAAAUUUUUAAAGUCUCUAAAUGUGUUUCACAUGUCUUUCCAUUUUAGUUACAGUUUUGUGAAAUUUCCAUGUAAUCUUCAAACAUAAUAAUGUACAUUAUUGUAAAUAAACUGUGCAUGGCUUUUAUACAGCUUUAAUAAAUGUCAAAUAAAAUGAUACAGAGUCAAAAUAAAGUAAGUUGCUUAUAAAAAUAAAACAGGAAGUGAAAUUCAGAAACCUAUAGAAUGUGAAUAUGUUUCAUUUAUGUACUAGAUCAGGCAUAAAGUAGAUUUGAAAUAAGAUGUUUCAUGCUCCACUUCUUUUUAAUACUGCUUUUCAUACCAGAUGUGAUGACACUUCACAACUCUUAGCUACCAAACUUCUCAAUUUUAUGAAUGCUUUAGGGGUGAAAAUUAUUUCCCUGGUUGAAAUUAUCGAAGAAAUCCUGUCAUUAAAUGAUGGUGGCUGUAUAAAAAUAAAAUCUAUAUUAUGCUAUUAAAAAUGUAAUUACUUUGCAUAUCACAUGGAUGUCAUGCCUCUAGCAGUUACAUUUUUAAAGUUUUCUACUUUUGGUUUGAAUUUUAUUUCAAAUUGUUUUCUAGUGUAAAUUAUUGACUUUGUUGUUUUAUACUUUCAAUACCAUUUACCAGCAUUGGGCUUUUUGCCUCCUCACCAAGGUCUAAGUACCUUUUAAAUACAUACCAGUGAGUAGGGGCUGAUAUGAUACCAAAAAAGUGGGGCGUCUUGAGAUUAGUUUCUUUCUGUUCCCUAGUAACAAGAAUCAGGUUCCCCCGCCCCCUCCCCCAAGUGCCUAACUUAGGUCUGAACAUACCUAAUUAUCAGCCUGACACUCAACUCUAAAACAUAUCCUGUAUUUAAUGAUUUAGAUGAAUAAUUAUUUAUAUUAAUUAAUUAUUAGUAAUUAUUUAAUAAUUAUGAAGCCCUCCUUUCUGCCUUUAAACACACUCAGGUCUCCCCUCUGUUUCCAUAUCAUUUUCUCCAAGUUUUCCUGAGUGAACAUUUUAUAUAAGUGGAAUGCACUGACUUGUCUUCCUUUAAUUUAUUGCUAACUUAUCCAUUGUUACUGCUAAACUAAAAUCAGCCCUUGACAUUUAUUAUGGACUUCUGGUCAAACCCAAUCUUUUAAUUUUUUUCCUUCUUUUUUUGACUACUCCCAUUCUUAAAACCGCACACUUCUCUACUGUAUUGAUUCUA